CAAUCCCAAAGCGCCCACGCCGCCCGCGCCCAAUCCCAGCGCGCCGCGCUGAUGACUCAUCAGUCGCCGGGAAGACGCCUCGAAAAAAGGGCCCCAACUGCGCCCUCAGCCAAGCCCAGCGCGCCCCAAACCCCCCAAAACGGCGCCGCCCGGCUGGUUUUGGGCUGUCAGCAGCUGUCCGGCGCUGGGCAUGGAGCGUGUGCGGGGAACUGGGGCCGUGCUGGCGGUGCUGGUGGUGCUGGGAGCCCCCCCGGCUGCGGGCGAGGAGCUGUCGGGGGUGUUCCAGUGGAUGGGAAAGGCCGAGUGUUACUUCAUCAACGGCACCGAGCGGGUGAGGUACGUGGACAGGUACAUCUACAACCGGGAGCAGUACGCCCACUUCGACAGCGAUGUGGGGGUCUAUGUGGGGGACACCCCGGACGGAGAAUUCUGGGCCAGGCAAUGGAACAGCAACCCCGUAAUUCUGGAGUACGAACGGGGUGAAGUGGACAGGCUCUGCCGGCACAACUACAAACUUGGUGCUCCUUUCAUCCUGGAGAGGAGAGUGCCCCCCAGCGUGUCCAUCUCGCUGGUGCCGUCGAGCUCCCAGCCCGGCCCCGGCCGCCUGCUCUGCUCCGUGAUGGAUUUCUACCCUGCGCCGGUGCAGGUGCGGUGGUUCCAGGAUGGGCAGGAGCUGCCAGAGCACGUGGUGGCCACCGACGUGGUCCCCAACGGGGACUGGAGCUACCAGGUGCUGGUGCUGCUGGAAAUCCCCCCCCGGCGCGGGGUCACCUACAGCUGCCAGGUGGAGCACGUCAGCCUGGAGCACCCCCUCAGCCGGCACUGGGAGAUGCCACCGGACACCGUCCGCAGCAAGAUCCUGGUGGGGGUCGGGGGCUUCGUCUUGGGCUUGGUCUUCCUGGCGCUGGGGCUCGGCUUCUACCUGUGGGAGAAGAGCUCCUGAGCCGCCAGCGGCCGCAGCCCCUCCCCGUGGCCUCGGGCCCAGCCGGGACCCCCCAGUCCAGCCCUGCCCACACUUUGGGGUGUGUCAGAGACUGGAACAGUUAAUGAUUUAUGCAUUCUAAGAGACUUCU